CUGAGGUCUCCACCCAGCCACCGCUCUCAUGUUCGCGCUCGCACACCACCCCGCGGCUGGAUACACGAGCGGCCAGCAAGACCGGUACGCCGCCUGGGCGGUGCGGUUUCGCAUGCCGCUGACAGAGGCGCACCGCGCAAUGUUUGAUGCGAAUGCUGUCCUUGUCGACCAACUCAGCGCGGCGCACAGCCCAUCCGCGGAGUUCUCCGUCGACGAGUCGCCCUUCGCCCACCUAUCUCCUCAAGAGUUUGCUGCUGCACGCCUCAAGAAGAUGGGCCCCGCCGCCACAGGUGCCGACCGUCCCGCUCUGACCGGCCUGCUGCAAGUGCCACCCGCGAGCUGGGACUGGCGGAGCCGUUCGCCCACGGUGGUGACGCCAGUGAAGGACCAGGGGGCCCUAGGGUCCUGCUGGGCCUUCUCCGCCGUCGGCAACGUCGAGGGGCAGGUUUCGAUCGCGGGCGGAAAAGCGGCGGAGGAGCUCUCUGUGGAGCAGCUCCUCGAGUGCGACCAGACGAGCGGCGUGCGGUCGGUGGACGGGGAGCGGUACGGCGACUGCGGUGCCUUUGGCGGCUGGCCCUUCCUCGCCUACGAGUACUGGAUUAAGGCGGGCGGCGUGCGCGCCGCGGCGCAGAUGCCGUACUGCUCUGGCGUCCCGUUUGGAGAGCGGGGCUCGUGCGACGCGUGCAUGCCCGAGGGCUACUCCAAGCGGCUGUGCGGCGACCAUGGCGACCUCUGGUGCAACCGCUCCUCGACCCGCGGGCAAGGCCUGCUCGGGCUCUGCCACUCGCGCGCCGGCACCGCCGCCCGCCUCAAGGGAUGGCGCCGCGUCGGCAGCAACGCGAGCGCGAUCGCCGCCGAGCUGGUCGCGACGGGCCCGCUCUCGAUCGCGCUCGACGCCACGCUCGCCUUCCAGUUCUACCGCCGCGGCGUGCUCGACCCGCCGCGCAGCCCGCUGCUGGGCGGCUGCGGCCGGCAGCCCGAGCUCAACCACGCUGUCCUCCUGGUCGGGUACGGGACGGACAAGGGCAAGGAGUACUGGACCGUCAAGAAUAGCUGGGGCGCAUCGUGGGGCGAGGAGGGCUACUUCCGGAUCAAGCGCGGGGAGGACAAGUGCGGGGUCGAGUCGGAGGUGACCACCGCGAGCCUCGCCUGAAUGCAGAAUGGACCGUGCGGGUGUGGAUGGGGCAGGGUGUGCUUUGCGCCAAAUCUUUUUCCUGUGUCGAGACUGUCUGCUG